CUUACUAAUAUGAAGAGAGAAAUGUGUCAGUAUUUUCUUGACGUUUUUAAAUUAUAUUUAAAAUGGUGCUUCUAAGCUGUUUCAUGUGUAUCUUUCUUCCAAUGUGUAGUUUACUAGUGAUUUGCUUUAUAGUCAUCUGUAAAUGGGUCAACGGAUAUUGGAUUCGCAAGGGUGUUACCACGUUAAAGCCAAGAUUAUUUUUUGGAAACGCAAUAGACGUAGUUUUACAAAGAAAAUGCUUGAGUGACAGUGUAAAAGACUUCCACAACUCAUUGAAGGAAAAAGGACAACCUUAUGGCGGGUACUACUUCUUAAUGCGACCUGUUCUUGUUGUAACCGAUUUAGAGCUUAUUAAACGCAUUUUGAUUACGGACUUUGAGCACUUUGUCGAUCACCCCGCAUAUAUCAAUGAUGAUGAGCCGUUAAGUAACCAUAUAUUUUCCCUGAAGGGUGACAGAUGGAAGCAGUUAAGGGCGAAGUUAACACCUGCGUUCACCUCCUCCAAAUUAAAAAUGAUGUUGGGCUUGUUUUUGAAAUGUUGUAAAGAUCUGGAGGUGGAGAUGGAUAAAAAAAUUAUCAAAGAUGACGUUGUUGAUAUAGGGAGCGCAAUGGAAAAGCUUAUUAUGGACAUAAUAGGCUCUUGUGCAUUCGGGUUGGAAUGUAACAGCUUUAAAAGCACCUCAAGUGAUUUCCAUAAGUAUGGAUCUAGAUUUUUUCAUGAACCAUCACUCAAGGGAUCUGUAAUGCAUAUUCUGUCACUCGUCGUGCCGGAGAUUUUCAAAUAUAUAAAUGUUCGCGUUCUUGACGCGGAAAUGACUGACUUUUUUACCAAUCUUGUCAAUGAUAUGGUCAAAUAUCGAGAAGAAAAUAAUAUUAUUCGUAAAGACUUAAUGCAUUUGUUAUUACAAUUAAAAAAUGAUGGAAAAGUGUGCGAGGAAGAAGUAGGGGACAUAAAGGGUGAGCUCGGGGAGGCAGGCAACGUACCGUUGACAAGCACUGAGCUUGUGUCGCAGUGUUUUGUGUUUUUUAUUGCUGGUGUUGAAACGACGGCAUUUGCAUUAACUAUUUUAAUGUACGAAUUAUCCACCAACCAGAAAAUACAAGAUAAGGUUAGAGAAGAAAUCAUCGCCGUAUUAAAAAAGAAUAGAGGAAGAAUUACGUAUGAAGCAAUAUUGGAGAUGAAGUACUUGCACAAAUGUAUCUGCGAGUCUCUAAGGAAGUAUCCACCAGCGGGUGUGCAAACUAGAGUUUGCACAAAGAAGUACAGGAUACCAGAUACCGAAGUGAUACUCAGUGAAGGAACACCAGUAUUUAUAUCAACUCAGGGAAUACAGUGCGAUUCCUCCUACUACCCUAACCCUGAACAGUUUGAUCCUGAAAGAUUCGACCUAGACCAAAAAUCUUCACUACCUUCCUGUGCAUGGUUUCCAUUCGGUGCUGGACCACGGUGGUGUAUAGGAAAUCAAUUCGGAUUGAUGCAAAUGAAAGUUGGAAUGAUAACCUUACUGAGACGCUACAAAUUCGAUUUGCAUCCAUCCACAAAGAUACCAAUUAGUUUCGACCCUAAAACGUACCUCUUGAACACAGCAUCACCCAUAUUUCUAUCCAUGAAAAAAAUCUAGGUGUCCUCUACAAUAGAAAAGACACACCUCCCCAUGAGGCCUGAGGGAUUGUAAACUUGUUCUGUUUUCUUAAUGUACGCAACUGUUAAGGGAAAAUUAUUAUGUCCGCUUAACAGGACGUUUA